AUGAUAAAGAUAGGCAUUGAACCUUCUGCUGUAACUUUGUCCACUUUGAUUAAUGGACUUUGUAAACAACGGAAGAUAUAUCAGGCUAUGAGUUUGUUUGAUGGAUUGAAGGAAGGCAUUGAGCCUGAUGUUGUCACAUACAAUACGUUGGUUGAUGCACAUUGCAAGAAAGGGAUGGUUUCUGAAGCUGAAGAUAUUGUUGACACGAUGAGAAAGGAAGGCAUUGAGCCUAAUGUUGUAACGUAUAGUAUAUUGGUUGAUGCAAAUUGCAAGAAAGGAAUGGUUUCUAUAGCCGAAGAUAUUGUCGAGACAAUGAGAAAGGAGGGCAUUGAGCCCAAUGUUGUCACGUACAACACUCUUAUGAAAGAAAGAAAUAUACCAGCUUUGCCUCAAACUAAUAAAAGCAUCAAUGGAAGUUCAUUAGAACUCUUAAUAACGGCAAGUGGCAAGGCAACUAUACUAUAUUUAGGGCAUUUAAUAUUGGUUGAUGCUUAUUGCAAGGAAGGGCUUAUUUUUGAAGCUGUAGAUACUGUUCAUACAAUGAGAAAGCAAGGCCUUAAGCCUGAUGUUGUCCCGUAUACUACAUUGGUUGAUGCGUAUUGCAAGAAGGGAAUGGUUUAUGAAGCUGAAGUUAUUGUUGAUACAAUGAGAAGGCAAGGUAUUGAGCCUGAUGUUGUCAUGUACAGCACAUUGGUUGAUGCACGUUGCAAGAAAGGGAUGAAAGCAGUGGUUUUUUUUGAAGCUGAAGAUGUUGUCGACACAAUGAAAGCAAGGAUUGAGCCUAAUGUUGUCACACACCACUCUUAUGCAAGCAAAGCUGGCCAUAUCGAAGUGGCAAAGGAAGUAUUUGGUGAACUCUCAGUCAAGGGUUUAAUACCCGAUGUUUACACAUAUACUUUAAUCAUUAAAGGAUUCUGUAAAGUGGGAUUGCCAGAUGAAGCAUACCAAAUGUUUAGGAGUAUGGAAGAGAAUGGUUGCUCGCCUAAUAGCUGCUGUUAUAAUGUAAUGAUCCAAGGGCUUCUUCGAAACAGCUAUAUGUCGUAG